UGCCGCCGGGAACAAUGAGGCGCGCGGCGCGGGCUGAGCGCAGCUCCGCGCCGGCCGCCGCCGCUGCCGGGCGCCGAGCGAUCCGGACCCGCGAAGGCGGCUCGCCGGGGCUCCGGGGCGGCGUCGGGAGGCUGCUCGGCGGAGGCAGGCGGGAGCCGCUGAGCCGCGCGCGUCUGGCGCCCGGGCCCCGGGUCUCCGCUCCAGUUGGCGCGAUUGUGGGAGCGCGUGGCGCGCGCCCGAGCGGCCGCCGGAGAGGAAAAUGUGACACGCUCGUCCCCGGCUCCAGCGCCUCGGGGUCGGGCGCCAGGAGGCGCGGCGUCCGGAGAAGGUCCAUCCCGCCUCCCGCCGCCUCGGGACGCCAGGUGCUGACCCCGCAGACCUGCCAUGAAACCACACUUGAAGCAAUGGAGACAAGGAAUGCUCUGCGGGAUAUUCGCUUGGGGUCUCCUCUUUCUGGCGAUCUUCCUGUACUUCACCGACAGCAACCCUGCCCAGCCCGCGCCCAGCUCCUUCUCCUUCCUGGAGACCAGGAGGCUGCUGCCCGCGCAGGGAAGGCAGCGGGCCAUCAUGGGCGCCUCGGAGGGCCUGCCCGAGGGCGCGGAAGCUCGCAGGGGGCUGCCCCGCAGACACCCGUAUGGCCCCCUGCACGCGGGGCCAGGCGACCUGCGGGCGUGGGCCCCAGACGGCUUUGAAAAUGAAGACGACUUCCUUUCGCCCCAGACGGGGAGAACAUCGCAAAGCGCUUUGCCGCCGGAGGACGCCGCUCCGGGCACGUCGGGGGGCCCGGAGGGGGCUGUGUCUGCGCGCCGCGCCCGGGGGCGGUGGGCGAAGCGAGGGGCCCGGAGGCAGAGCCGGAGCGCGGCGCCCGGGGUGGGCGAGGACGGGCAGCGACUGUACUCGUCCACGUCCCGGGCGCUCCUGCGCCGGCUCUGGAAGGGCGACGCGUCGGCGCGGAUGCUGCACCCGCGCCUGCAGAAGGCCAUGGGCGCCUACCUGCGCGCCAACAAGCACGGCGUGAACUUCCGGGGGCGCCGGGCGGCCGGGCGGAGCCGCGCGGAGCUGCUGUGCGCCCUGCGGGGCCGCGUGCGGGUGCGCACCCUGGACGGCAGCGAGCCGCCCUUCUCGGCGCUCGGCUGGCGCGCGCUGGUCCCCGCCGUGCCGCUCGGCCGGCUGCUCCCGCGCGGGCUCCGGACCUGCGCCGUGGUCACGUCGGCCGGCGCCAUCCUCAACUCGUCCCUGGGCGAAGAGAUAGAUUCCCACGAUGCAGUUUUGAGAUUUAACUCUGCUCCUACACGUGGCUACGAGAAGGAUGUUGGAAAUAAAACCACCGUCCGCAUCAUUAAUUCCCAGAUUCUGACCAACCCCAGGCAUCACUUCAUUGACAGUUCGUUGUAUAAAGAUGUCAUCUUGGUGGCCUGGGACCCAGCUCCGUAUUCUGCAAAUCUUCACCUGUGGUACAAGAAGCCGGAUUACAACCUGUUCACUCCGUAUGUUCAGCACCGGCAGAGAAACCCAAACCAACCGUUUUACAUUCUCCACCCCAAGUUUAUCUGGCAGCUUUGGGACAUCAUCCAGGAGAACACGAAGGAGAAGAUCCAGCCGAACCCGCCGUCCUCGGGCUUCCUCGGCAUCCUGCUUAUGAUGAGCCUGUGCGGCGAGGUGCACGUGUACGAGUACAUCCCGUCCGUGAGGCAGACGGACCUGUGCCACUACCACGAGCCCUACUACGACGCGGCCUGCACGCUGGGCGCCUACCACCCGCUGCUCUACGAGAAGCUGCUGGUGCAGCGGCUCAACACGGGCGCCCAGGGCGACCUGCACCGCAAGGGCAAGGUCGUGCUGCCCGGGCUGCGGGCCGUGCGCUGCCCACCGGGAGCCUGAGGGGCUGGCCGGGCUCCGAGUCCUGGAGAUGCUGGAAGGUGCCCUGGAGGUGGCGCAGCCUUCGGUCGCCAGCUGUGACUUCGUGGUGGCCACGGGGGUCCUUCCCUUUCUAAGCCAUUGAGUAUUUACGACUGCUUUGAAUAUAGAAGUGGAACUCAAAGAAAUAAACUCAAGAAAGUUGCAAAAAACUUUUGUAAAGAAUAUUUAGGAAAAAAGCAAAUGUAUAACAAAUGGGUAAAUAGCUCGAAAAUGUUAGUCUUCUCUUUACUAGGGCUGGUUUCAGCAGCAGGUGUCAGGGAUACACCUGAUAGAUGACACAGUUUGUACCUGGAAGCACCCAUGCUGAGGGACAGCACAUGUCCCAUCAACUGUGCCACUUGUACGUGCACUUGUCACGAAAGAGCCUAGAGUUGAUGACGAACGUCUGGAUUAGCGCCCAGGCAUGCUUACACCAACAGCAGAAUCCGCGGUAUAUCCUUUGAGGGCUUUCUAGCCCUCGGCAUCCCCAUCUCUGCUCCCAGCUGCCACCGAAGGCUUUGCUCUUUGUGUAUCAGACACAUUUCUAAAACCAUAAAGCCUUCCUCCUGCGCAAUCCAAGAAAAAGCCAACCCGGAAGAGCAGCACAGGGGAAGCACUUUGUUUUCCUGCAAUAUUUCCUUUCUCGACUAGGAACGCCCCCAGGUGGACAGGAACAUCCCUGGCAGGUAAAUGCAAAAUCGGGGGCUGCAGGGUAGCCCAGGGCAGGACGGCCCCGGGCCGCCACUUCUCUGGCCGCCUCACCUGCCCGCCCUCCCCAUAGCCUUCUAACCACAGGCGCUGACGGUUAGGACACCCCUGGGGGAUGUGGGGGGUGGCUUCCAGCCUCUAGCUUCACCCUGUGCUUCUGGGGAUGCACACCUGUCUCUCUCAUGCUUUUUUCUUGCAGGUUAAUAUCAGCUAUUGGGAUCCUGACGGUGAUACACCGGUUUUUCACUAAUUCUUCCUACAGACAGAUGUUUAGGAAUCCCACCCUUGUUUUCACCUACCUGUUUUAUGUCAGCAACAUAACAAAGCCAUGUAAUUAAAUACAGUUGUGUGAAAGCAUCGCUCUUUAACAAAUAGGAAAAUAAGUAUUAAUACACGCUUCAGAGGGAGAGGCAGGGAGAGGGAGGAGUGUCAUCCCAGUGUGUUGGCUGGGUCAGUUGUUUUUGUUGUGAUCUCAACUUUUGUCACUGAUACAUCAAAAAAUAAUAUAUUUUUUUGGCUGUAAAUGUAGUGAAACAGAAACACUUUGGAAUACCUUUUAGUUAAACAUGCGAUUUCAAUCUAUAACUAAAACCUAUCUGAGUGGUACAGUUCAGACUUCUUGGCCAUGACGAGAGCAGCUUAAUUAAAUCUGUCGUCUUUCGCAGUUGUGUGAACGUCAGGAGAGUUUACUGCGCAGGGUUUUCUGUUCCAGGAUGGGUUUUUUCCUGAGCAACAGUGGCUGACAGAAACCAGACGCUGUGUUUGGCUGGUCGACUCAGCAGAAAUCGGGUUGGGUCCCAAGCAUCUCCUACAGCUUAUUGUUACAGUGAAGGAGGGUGUCACUGAAAAACUUCAAUCCUGACUAUAUCCACCAAAGCCCACUUUGCGAGCUUUGCUUCUGGAUCUGUGAGGAGGGAUGGUAAUUCUGUUCAGCACGUUGGCUUACGUCUGAGAUGUGGCCAGGCCACUUUUCUUCCUGGUUUCCUGAAAGAGCGUGCUCCUGUCCAGUGUCCGGUGAGUAACAUUUCAGUGACUCUGGGCACUGGGAAGUGGCUGAUACGGGGUGAGCAGUCCAGCCACCCUUGUUCCCCCCCAGACCCUCCAGGCUCUGCCUUCAGAGGCCCAUGACGCUGAAGGUUCUGUAAUAAUCUUCCUACUGGAUUUCCCUACUGGCCUCCUUAUGUCCAGGGCAGCCCCCUCUGAUGGCAUGAGAUCAUGGGUAGAAGAAAAUUUAUGGGGGGGUCAAUGUAAAUAUUCAAGUUCAAAAGCCCCAGAAAACACUGCAAAGAUCUUUAAGUAUUGAUACCCUUUGUGACACAUGUACUUUUAAAACAUACUUUCAGUGUCACCAAGGUUACAAGGUUGAAGAGAGUAAAGAAAAUUUUAUUAAAAGUUUUGGAUUUAUUAUGGCCUUAAAGACCCUUGGGAACCAAGGUCUGCUAAACAUUGAGAAAAUGGGGUACACGUAUUAAUACAACGCGGGCUGGGCAUUCUCCUAUUUAAAAGUUUAAAUUGUUUAACUCCUUAAAAGUGUUAGGAGGUUUUAGUUGAUGUGCCGGCUGCUUCUAGAAUGAAUGAAAUCGGCCCUAAGAGGCAGUGUUUUCCCAGACAUUGACGAAGCCCUCAAAUGCCACGAACGGCAAUAAACGCCCGGCUUUCCGCGGACCAGUUACAGGGAACGGCGCCCGGCUGCGUUUCUUCCAGGCUUCGCCUCUUCCAAGGCCCUUCACCCUCUGCUGAGGAGGGAUGUUUGAUAAGCCCAAGCCGUUAGGUGGCCUUCACUCUCAGGACUGAAGGAGGUCACGUUGCUUCACAUCUCGAGGCAACUUCACUCGAUCUUCUGUUGCUGCUACUGCCACAAUGAAACAAACAUGGACCAAGAAUAACAACUCGCCUGCAUCCAGGCCCUUCCCCAGCCCUUGCCCAGGUACAAGCGGAAGGUCUAACAGAUGUGGCGCCCUCACUGUCCCCAGGGACACCCGUGCUGGUCCUGUGUGUCACCUUACAGGGCACAGGGCCCGCGGGUUGGCGGGUAGGAGUUGCAAGGAAGCAUCCUCUCCCCUCAGAGCCCGCGCGGGGCUUAGGCUCACCUUUUGGUCCGUCCCGGGGUCUACCCUCGUCUGCGGGACGCAGGGCUCAAGGAACCUCGGUCCCCUCCUCCCCACGUGUCCCUCGCCCUCGGCCGGCAGCCCGACCUUCAAUCCCCCCUGGGCUCCCCAGUAAUCCUCUGUCAUGGUAGCCGUAGCAUCUGCACAAGGCAAUGCUGAAACGAGCGUUAGCCUUUUCCAAAUCGGGAAAUGAAGUCAAGGGUUUAAAGCCGCCCCGGGUUACUCUGUUACAUGAUCAUGAGCCGGUUCAUUCUGGUGGAACAGAUUAAUACCUGCUGUUGUGGGCUGACCCUUCCGGGCAGGACCACUUACAAUCACUGAAUUAAUUAGGUCCCAUCUGGCUGCGGAAGUGGGAUCGGGCUCACGUGAGUAAUGGUAGGUGAUGGAGGGAUUUCGUGUGCACAAAUGACAUAAUGAAAGCACUCUCUCUCCAGCCUUUCUCUUAAGAGAUCAAGGCACCGUGCGUGGCUGAGACCGGUAGCCAAAGUGACCUGGUCUCAUUGCUGCUUAGCUGUGGGAAGAAACGGAGCUGGGAGGUGGGGUGACUAUCGAGGAACACGUGACUGAAUGCACAGGCCAGAUGGGGUCUGAAUACAUUCACUCAGGUUGUCUGUGUCGACUUCUCACUUUCUGAUCCUUUAGGACUCUUGCCCAGUGGUUCCACAGCUGACGAGGGCAGCUGAGUGUAGGAAUUCAGUGCUUAGGGAAAGUGUACCUGAGUCCAGGCUCGUGCUUUGUACUCCAGAUAUCUCCUUUGUGAAAUUAUUCUGCAUGUUUCUAUCUCUCGGGCAUUAUUUUACACAAUUGGUAAAUGAAAGGUAUUUAUCUUUCAAGGAAAUAAACUGUAAGUUCUGAUUCUUGCUUUAUUAAGUGAGUGAAGACUUUUUAGUAAGAGGAAAUCCACCAAAUUUCUCUACAGGCUUUGGGCUAAUGGAAUUUAAAGAAUUAAAGACGUUGCUAGAGUUCUUACUCGUUAUAAAAAGUGUGCAUGUAGAUAUAGUUAUAUAAUUGUAUAUAUACAUAUCUACACACAUGGUUGCUUUUAUAUUGUCUUUUUUCAUCAAACUUUAUUUCUGAAACGUUUACAAUAAAUUUUGUUUUAAUUAUGCAAACACCAAUUUUUUUAAGGGAAGUAAGCAAAUGUUACAUGUCCUUCUGUCAAACAGAAAUCCAGUCUUCCCACGCACUGUAUUUCACACAUUCCGGCUACAUUUAAAGGUCUGGCAGAAAUAUUGAAAAGGUGCUGAGGGUAGAACUAUGACCUGAAGGUUGUAUCAUUGCCAGAAGUCUAGUUGAACUCUGACCUUUGAUGGGUAAUUGAUGUAGAGUUCAUGGCUUUUGCAAGAUUAGGGGAAGAAACACUUAUUUGGUUCUAUGGAAAAUAGUCUUCUUACUUGGUAGGUUUCACACAAAUUAACUGCAUCGGAACUGUUAAAACCUAACAUUCAUGAUACCACACAGCCUGUUUUACUCUAGAUAAAAUCCUUAUGAAGCUUUUCCGGUGGAAACCAGUGAACUUUUUUAACAGCUUAGGGAAUUUUUUUGUAUAAUUUUUAAAAUUGAGAUGUGUACUCUUCAAACGAAUUAAGGCUUGAGGUUUUCCAGGAGUCACCUUUUAAAAGUGUUUGUACACAUUUUAACACUUGGAUAUUUUCUAGUUUGGUUUUGUAUAUUUUUACGUGUACACAGUGUACAGACUUUUUUCUUGUAAAUAAAACGUUUUCAUUUGUCUAGAA